GUUCACGUCAGCAUCUUCUCGACAACUUCAACGGGGGUCCUUGGCAACGUCAGCCUCACUCCGCAAUCUUCCUGCCGACAGACGCAGAGCCCCUCUCCUCUCCAUGACGCUCAAGAACGUGUACAUCGUGGCGGCCAAGCGCACGCCGUUCGGCAACUUUGGCGGCAAGCUCAAGGACAUCACAGCCACGGAUCUGUGUGCUCACGCAGCCAAGGCGACGCUAGCGGCCGCCAAGCUGGACCCUUCGCUCGUGGACAUGGUACAGGUGGGCAACGUAGCACCCACGUCUCCGGACGGCGCGUACAUUGCGCGUCACGUGCAGCUGAAGGCCGGUAUCCCGCAGGAGAAGCCCGCACUCACCAUUAACCGCCUGUGCGGCAGCGGCUUCCAGUCCGUCGUAGGCGGAGUGCAGGAGAUUCUACUGGGUGAGGCCGAGAUCGCACUUUGCGGCGGUGCUGAGAACAUGUCACAGAGCCCGCUUGCCGUGUAUGGCCACCAGGCGCGCUUUGGCGUAGGACUUGGCGCCGGGUUGAACCUGCAGGACACGCUCUGGUCCGCCCUCACGGACUCGUACGCCAAGACGCCUAUGGGCAUGACGGCCGAGAACCUGGCCGACAAGCACAAUAUCACGCGCGAGGAGUGCGACGCAUUUGGUCUUCGCAGUCAGACACGCUGGGCCGAGGCCCACGCCGCUGGCUGGUUCGACGCUGAGCUCGCACCUAUUGAAGUCAAGGAUGGACGCAAGACGGAGGAGUUCGCCGUGGACGAGUCCCCCCGCACUGUAGAUAUGGCCAAACUGGCUAAGCUUAAGCCUGUGUUCAAGAAGGACGGAGUCGUGACGGCGGGCAAUGCGUCCGGCAUCUCGGACGGUGCUGGCGCUGUGCUGCUUGCAAGUGAGGAUGCCGUGAAGAAGCACAACUUGACGCCCUUGGCGCGUAUCGUGAGUUACCAGGUGUCGGGUGUGGACCCGACGAUUAUGGGCAUUGGCCCCGUGCCUGCUAUCACUGGUGCGCUGAAGCGUGCGGGACUGAAGAAGUCGGACAUUGACAUUUACGAUAUCAAUGAGGCCUUUGCCGCCCAGUGGCUGGCCUGUAUCAAGGAGCUGGAGAUCGACCCGGAGAUUGUGAACCAGAGUGGCGGCGCGAUUGCUCUCGGACACCCGCUUGGCGCUUCAGGAAGCCGCAUCACGGCCCACCUGGCGCACGCUCUCCAGCGCACGGGCAAGAAAUACGCGGUGGGAUCUGCUUGUAUUGGCGGCGGACAGGGCAUUGCGCUUGUGCUGGAAAACGCUGCUUAAAUUCAAUCGAGAAGUGACAGAAAUUGGUUCGAAGAGCUAAAAAAAAAGUUGUUUGAACAGAUUUACACAGUUCUACAGUAUGAGCGGAGCGACUUAAGAAAAAAUCGGGUCUUGAUUGAAGAUGUCUCCACCAAAGAUGGGAUUGUUGCCGUUGUUGUCGUCAGAUGCUGGCGCCGCGGUGGGGCUAUCAACCAGCCAGCUGAAAAUACCGAGUUGACGUUCUCUAGAAGGUGGAGCAACUCGUGAUUCAUCCUGAAUUUUUAAUGAGGGCGCUUCGCCUCGCAUUUCGUUGGCUGAGAUGGCACUGACGAAGACCAUCGCGAUAAUCGGGAGUAGUGACGCAAAGCGCAUUGUUCAGUGAGCUUGAUCGAUGCUAGAAGGCAAAAAAUGAGAAGUGAAGUGAAAUCUCUCGUCGAAAACUCGAGAUGGUAGUUUACGCGACGCUUCUAAUCAUCGAGCCCCACAAACCUCUACGAUGCUCAUUUUCAGCUUCUUAAGAGCGUUUGAUUCUUUGGCGCAAUGCGAUAAGAACAAAGAGGAGAGCAAAAGCCGACGAAGCUCACGAGAAACAGAUUAUGUCGCUGUUAUUAUUGUAGGAUUCCACUGUCCACAACAAAAUGACUUAGCCUUAUUGCCAGGCGCGUUAAAAGGUUGCGUUCGGAUCCCAGAACGGUCCGCUGAAGGGUCCACCGUCGUCGUAGUUUUUGUUACCAAAAUUAAAGGCAGGUGCUGGCGUAUCGGGUGCUGCUGUGGGG